AUGCUCAGUAAGGAGUCCGGAGAUGGAGAUCAAGAUGAUGAUUCGAGCUCCAUGUCCGUCUCCGACGUGGAUUCGGAGACCCAUAGAUCCCUGUGGAAGGAUGAUAUUAUGGCCCCCGUGAAGCCCAUCCGACCGAUGCGGGGUGCGAUCUAUACUUUGUUAAAUCGUCUGAAGAAAGACGAUACUAAGGCUCUGCUGUGGUCGACCGUCUUCUGUCAGCUGCCCUACGUGGGCUUUGACGUGUUCGACCACGAGGUGUGUCGCAAUGCCCUCGAGAACGCGGUGGCGGAAAUUCAAUUAUGGGAAGACAUGCAGGAUAGCGGCUUGGCACCUACACCCAGUUCAAUCAACAAAGAAAGGGCAGCUCGAUGGAUAAAUUUGUACUUUGAUGGCCAUCAAUUCGAGGCCUUCCGUGUACCGCUGGACCGGAAGUUUUUGCUGUCGAUUCCCGACCUGCGUGAGAUCCCCCAUGUUCAACUCGACGCCACCUCGCAGAUACUUUAUUACAGUGCCCUUGUGCAGGGUCUCUUCAUAGACCCGGAGCCCGUACCCAAUCGGUCUGCUCUUGUUCGGGAUAUCUACCUUAUCGUGGCAGAACUGGCAGACAGCUGGGUCAAUUCAGUCCAAAUCACCGUGCCUGAUUUAUAUGCAUCGUUUUUCGUGCUCUCCACCGCGCUGGAAAACUGCAAAACGGAGCUGGCGUGGAGGAGCUUCGGUCAUACUAUCACUAUUGCAAGAGCCUUGGGUUACUUGACCGUCGAUGCCGACACCGAAGUGCCGAACCAGCAGGGAUUCCCGGAAGACAGUCGCUAUGCGCAACAGGUCAGCAAGAAUCGAAUGCGGUUCGAAUUCUGGCAUUUGUUGCGUAUGGACUGCGUCUUCCGCCUGCAUUUCGGUAAACCCGCUCUGAUCACUGCCGGGUCGUGGGCGGUUAACUUCCCCGACCCAAGCAUCAACGGCGUUACUCACAUGUCUACCCGAUAUAUCCAAAUCCACUUUCUGGCCUCGAUGCGUCUUACGCUAGUAUUGCUAAAAUACCUAGAUUUGUUGGAGUUUACUACAGAUGAUAACAGUGCCACGUUUGACGAGUCGUUGGAUAGUCUUAUAACAGAAGUCGAGUCAAUCAUGCGCAAUUGGAACGCGGACGAGCUGUUUAGCAACACCAACAACCACAUCGACCUGCGAUUCUGCAUGGACAUUUUCGUCAGCUGCUAUAAGAUGCUGAUAAUGUUCCACCAGUCCAAAAAAGACAAUCAGGCCAAUAUAGUCCUGUCAGAAAGGUCUCUUGAAGUUGCUAGAGCCUCCAUGAUAAUGAUCCAGAAGAUCGUGGGCUCUUCUACGAACCAAUACUGGGGUAUCAGUAUAUACUUCAUGUACGAAGCCGUACCCUUCUUCAUUCUCUGCUGGGGCAUCCUUGCGGACCCAACCCACAAGAAUGCCCAGGCCGAUCUCGGCCUGAUGGCUUGGCUCGGGUGUUUUGUCGAGAGGACUUCUCUCGAGCAGACGGAGAAAAAGCCGAUCAGCAUUAUGCUGAAGGCUAUUAUUACGUGCUGUCGGAAUGUUAUGUUUGAUGCAUGA